AUGUAGUGCCAGCAUCAAGAAAAAAAUUCCUCCAUCAACCUCGAGCAUCCUAAUCAAAUCUCUACGCAACCCAUUGUUUCCUCUGCACAUCGACGAGUGCCUUCUUUUCUCAACAUCAUCUUACGCUUCUCGGCAACUCAUCUUUUGACUGUCACCUCAACCCCAACACCUCUGCCAACUCUUCAAUCCAUCAUUGUUUAAUCUGUCCGGCAUCUGUACAUUUCCUAUCCUUCUCUUCAUCCAUCCUCUCUGUGCAUGUCUCCACGCACAUAUUAAUCAUGUUCUACAGUCACGAGGUUCUUACCUCGCGCAAACACGGCGUAGCAACAAUCUGGCUCGUCGCAACUCUAGGCGCCAAAUCCACGCUCAAGAAAGUCGACCGCAAAGAACUUUGUGCCGUCAAUAUUCCCAAGGCAUGUCAGACUAUCGUGUCGCCUGAGGCGCCCAUGGCAUUGAGACUUCAAAGCAAUUUACUAUAUGGAGUUACUCGUGUGUAUGGCGAGCAAUGCAAUUUCGUGCUCAAAGAUGCACAGGUGGAGCAAAACAAGAUCCGCGCUCUGCUGCGCUCGUUACAUGCGGUUCCGAUUGAGCUUGAUGGCAAGCACAAGGCCAAGCCCAAUCAACUCGUCCUCGAUGACGACCCCAACUUCAUCCCCGAGCUCGCAUGGGGUAUCGACUUCGAUCCGUUUCGCGAUGACUUUGGCUUCACCAGCGGCGAUGGCUCGUCUCAAAGAUCGAGUCUUCUAUCACCACAUGCCGCAAUCUCCAGCGCUCUGGGCUCUGAACAUAUGGACCCGAAUCUGGAUAUCAUCAUUCCUCCUUCAGCAUCCUCGUACUCAGCUGGUGGAGGCGGCCUUGGUUUUGGCCUUGGCGGCGGCAGUGUGGUCAGCUCUGAUCACAAUAGAGGAGCCAACCCUUCUCUCUACGGAGCACAAGAACAAAGGCUACUCGACGAUAUCGGUGUUGACUUUGAUGGUGACGGCAACCUGAUUGAGCCUGCAGAUGACCAGGCAGAGCCAGACAUCGGAAGAGCAGCUUCGGUGCACACUCCUGCUCCUAACAUGCGUCAAGGCGCACUUCCGGACACCGAUGGUGAUCGUGAUGUGGUCAUGUACGACGACGACCCACUUCCUGCUUUCCACCAAGAUGAUGUCGACAUGGCUGAUGUCGAGCCCUUCACUCCCCGUACCGCCGCUCAACAGGCCGACCUCGAUCACCCAGCUGCUGUGGAAGGAGAUGAAGCACACAGCCAAACUUCAGCAACUUCAGCAUCCGCCCCAGCCGUCCGCGUCCGCAUCCCAAAGCCUUUACCUCAAGAUCAAGAACUCGAACUCCACAAUUCUGACCUCCAAGACUGGGACCGUGAAUAUCUCGAGAACCAGGCAAGAGCUUCACAACACAAGUUGCAGAACAAGAUUGGUACCUUGGCUCGUAAGAAUGCAGACUUCUGGGUGUUGCAGAACGGUAUCGGCGGACUUGGUAUGGCGUACCUAGGAGCUGAAGACCACAUGCCAGAGCCAUUGAGGAUGUUCAGCGGAAGCGCGUUGCUCGAAGCUUUGACCGGUAUCCAGUUGACCGUGGCAGGAACCAAGCAUGCCAGAGACGAUCAAGGAGAAGACGAAGAGGGUAGAAGAGUCAGAGCUCGCAGCGACGAGGAUGAAGUCGGCAGAGGUGCUGAUGCCAACGAUAUGGCCAACUUCGACGCUGGCUUCGGCGACAACACAACCGACAACUCCAUCGAGCAAGGUCGUGAGGGUCAGACUCCAUUGGCGGACCGUCACUCCUCAGCCCACGCCGCACUGCCUUGGAACCGUUCAAUGCCUGCAUCGCGUGGAUCAUCCAACGCCUACAACCCACCUUUCCCUUUGCUCCCAACCGCAGCCAGCAGUUCAGUCGCAGGCGGAGGCUUCAUGGUCCCAUCCUCCCACAACCGCCGUGGGGUAUCUGCCUCUCCCCUCGUCGGCCGUGGAGUCCACCCAACAACCAACGUAGACGACUUAGCUUUCAUGCAAAGCGACGACAACGCCCACUUCGCCGAAGCCUUCAACCCGGGCAACGACGACAACAUCGACCCAGAACUCCCCCACCCCUCCAUGGCAACAGAUUACUCCCUCUUCGGUCCCGCCGCGGCCGUCUCUACCCAAACCGCAGGAACAUCACAAUGGCUCUCCGCAGCUUUAUCCUCCGAAUCCCUCAACUUCCUCGCUUUCGUAAAAGCCGGCAUCGCACAGGUGCAGGCGGAAGCAGAAACCACUGUCGAGGCUAUAGCUUCUGUUCUUGAUGUUGAAGCUGCCACUUCUUCUGAUGCCAGCGAUACAGUUGUGGAGUUUGAGGUCUUGUUAACGCCAAGGGGGAACACGACGGUGGUGGCCGCGCAAGGGUUUUUGCAUGUGUUGACGUUGGUUACGAGGAAUUUGUUGGCGGCUGAUCAGGUCGAGGCGUAUGGGGCUAUUGAGUUGAGAGCUUUGUGAGCUCUUUUGAGGAUGAUUAUCGAAGAUGGAGAGAGUUCAUGAUCUGAGAUGGGUGUUAUUGUUGCUACAUUGUUAGAGAGGAGGUGAUGGAGGAGGACUUUGCUAUACUUGCUGGAAUCUGCUGUUGUUACGGGGCACUUGCUGCUAGCUGCUGUUAUGUUAGCUGAUGACUUUGCUGUACUGAACUAGAAAAAGAAUAUCAUGGGUGAAGG